UUUUAUCAGUAUAUUGUUAUGAGUCGCGGUUAACCAUUCACUGUGCACAAACACAUUUAAAACCCGAUUUUAAUUGGAAUUAAUUCAGUUGGUCGAGUAGUUCAGCAGCAUAAAAGCGUAUAUUGAGGAUCAUUUAAUUGUCAGCAAUAAUGAUGUCUGAGUCAGCUCCGAUCCAAGCUACAAGAUACUACCAGAACCACGAAGUUGAAUUCGAAGAGGACGAGUUUGACACUUAUAAAGACAAAGAAUCAGGUCACACCAUCUCAGUGAGAAGAUUCACAUGGAGAAACACCUCAGGUGUCUCCGUUCAAGUGAUCACCUACGGAGCCACCAUCACCUCCAUCAAAAUGCCCGAUAAAAAUGGAACUGUUGAUGAUAUUGUUAUGGGAUUUGAUGAUAUGAAGGGUUAUCAGAAUCCACUGAAUCCAUACUUUGGAGCUACUGUGGGACGAGUGGCUAACCGCAUUGGUAACGCCCAAAUUGAUAUUGACGGACGGAUUUAUAAAGUUACCGCCAACUUGGGAGAGCAUACCCUCCAUGGAGGUAUCAAGGGGUUUGAUAAGGUUAACUGGAGUGCUUAUGUUGAUGGAAGCAAGUUAUCACUCAGUUACUUGUCAAAGGAUCUUGAAGAAGGCUUUCCUGGGGAUGUGCUAACGACUGUCACAUAUGAACUCACCAAUGACAAUCGGUUCUUGUAUGAGUUCAAGUCAACGUCAACUAAACCGACUUUUGUCAACUUGACCAACCACUCAUACUUCAACUUGGCUGGACACCAAACUGGCCCCAAAGAGGUCUACAAGCAUGUGAUAUCCAUUAAUGCCGAUUCAACCACUGAGGUUGAUCGCAACUCUAUUCCCUCUGGUAAACUUUUACCAGUAGCAGACACGAUUUUUGACCUGAGGAUCCCAAAGGUCCUUGGAGAGGUGAUUAAUAGGAUCCCCGGAUAUUUGGGAUAUGACCAUAAUUUCUGUGUUACCAAAGGAUCUGCUCAGGAGAACACUUUUGUUGCUAGAGCAGUACAUCCGCCAACAGGGAGAGUCCUUGAAAUCUACAGUAACCAACCGGGAGUCCAGUUCUACACCUCCAAUCAUAUCCCGGAGGACCCACGGGACUUCCAAGGUGACAAGUCCAAACUGAAGAGUCUACGGGGAAAAGGAGGAGCUCCUUACUACAAACACGGAUCGUUCUGCUUUGAAACCCAGAAUUAUCCAGACGCCGUUAACCACCGGUUCGAUUUCCAGAAAAACUUCCCUGCAGCCGUUCUGUAUCCAGGCAAAUUGUACCAACAUACCGUGGAGUACAGGCUAAUCAUUAAAAAAUAACUGUUAUCACUCAUAAAUAAAUAAAUACUUAUUAUUAA